AUGAAUCAAUUGUUCAAGGCACUUCAUCAUCUUUAUUCUAAAAAAAUUCUUCAUCGUGAUAUCAAAGAUGCUAACAUACUGGUUGAUUCAGCGCUUAACUUGAAGUUGGGAGACUUUGGCUCUUCUCGAGAUCUGUCUGAGGGGCAUUCUGAUGUUGAUGUUUCUACCUUUCCUGGUGAAGAAAUUGAUCCCAGAUUAUCGUCAAUCUUAAAAAAUCUUACAGAUGAAGUGACAACCCUAGCUUAUAGGCCUCCGGAGUUAAUUCUGGGUUCUUUUGAGUAUGGUCCUGAAGUGGACAUGUGGUCUGCUGCUUGUGUGUUUGCCGGUCUAUUAAGCAACACACAUGGAUUACGUAAUCCAAUAUUUCCGGGCGAAGAGAAGGAGGAUCAACUGAAACUGAUCUGUGAGCUUUGUGGAACCCCAGAUGAAACUAACUGGCCUGGGGCUAAAGACAUUGAUUUUUAUCAACGUUUAGGAUCUCUCAAAGCUUGUAACAGGAGAGUAAGAGAGGUUUUCAGAAAGUUUGAUACCGAGGCUCUGGAUCUUCUAGACAAGAUGCUUGUGCUUAAUCCCACAAAGAGAAUUUCUGCAGAAGAUGCUCUGCGUGAUAUUUACUUCAGAGGUUUACCUUCAAUAGAAAGCUCCAAGAGAAAGCGUGAAGGAGAUCCCCUAGAGAAAUCUCCCAGAGAAAAACGAUCUUCACCUUCACAAAUCUCUAACAGUAGUAUAACGAAACAAGCCAUGGAUCUCUCCCCUGUUACAGAAGCUUUAGCCGUCAAAUCCUUUGAUAAAAUUGCUGAUAUCUGUGAUAAUCUCAUGCUACAGGUUUCUUCCGAAGGAAUCUCUUUCCAUGAUGACUGGCCUUACGCAAUCCAUCUUCUGGGUCACUUGUAUGUUGACGAUUGUGAUAGCGCACGUUCCCUCUGGGAAGAGAUACCUUCAAGUGUGAAGGAGAGCAAGCCUGAAGUUGUUGCUGCUUGGGCGAUUGGUCAGAAGCUGUGUACACGCGACUAUGCAGAUGUAUAUGAAGCUAUUCGGGGUUAUGAUUGGAGUCAGGAAACUAAAGAUAUGGUUGCUGCAUUCUCAGAAAAAGGAGGUUUCAGCUUUUGA